UGACUCGGUUUCUUACCCCACCCCACCCCCCUCCCCACCGCCGACGCCGCCAUGGCUCGGCACUCCGAGGUGCAGUUGCCGCCGUUCCGCACAAUGGACGACUUCUUGUGCAGCUCGGCCCGAUUCAGCCUGCCCGAUAUGAAGGAUCCAUUAAGAUGGAACAACCGGGUGAUCAAUAACCUGCUCUACUACCAGACCAACUACCUGGCAACUGUCGCCGGCAUCCUCCUGCUGGUCGGGUACAUCGAGCCGCUGAAGACUCUGCUGGGUGGGGCAGUCGUCUGUCUCUUCUUCCUGGGCUUCGUGUGGUCAGCCGAGAACAAGGCGGUGGUGCGGCGGCUGCGCAGAAACCACCCCGGCCUCUGUGUGCUGGCUGUGCUGGCCGCCAGCUACUGCCUGCUAUCCCUGCUGGGAGGAGUGGCCGUCUUCCUCUUUGGCAUCACUUUCCCCAUGCUCUUGAUCCUCAUCCAUGCCUCUCUCCGCCUGCGGAACCUGAAGAACAAGAUCGAGAACAAGAUCGAGAGCAUCGGCCUGAAGCGCACCCCGAUGGGCAUCCUCCUCGAGGCUCUGGGUCAGGAGCAGGAGGCAGGGUCAUAGAAACCGUCCGAAAGGUCCAACCCCCCCCACACUCACGCCAUCGCUCAUCCUCUCCAGCGCACUGCUUGAAGGAAGGGACCAUCCCAGGACAGAAAUGAUGUUUGUGUUUAUGUGUCUGUCUUCACCCUCCCCCUCUCGUCUCUGCUCUCUACCCACCUCUCUCCACUUCCAACUGCCCCUUCUACCCACCUCCCUCCACUUCCAACUCCCCUCUCUACCCCUUCUCUUCCCCUCACCCCUCUCUCAUUUCUACCCCAUCUCUGCCUUCUCUUCCCCACUCACCAUCCCCCUCACUCCCUUCCUCCUUCUCCCCCCACCCUCUUGUCUACCCUCCCACCACCUCUCUCCCCCUCCUACCUGCCACCCUUUCCCUCUGAUAUUUCUCUCCCUUUCAUUCUUACAUCCCCUCUCUCCCUCUCCAUCUUUCUCUCACCCUGCCCACCUAUUCCCUCCACAUCCUCUUCCCCCUCUCUCUUUUCUCACCCUUUCCCUCCUCCUCACUCCCCCAUCCCUCUCCUUCUCCCACACUCUCUCCCCGUCCUCUCUGUCUUCCUCUCAUUCUCUCUCUUCCUCCCAGGAGGCUACAUUCCCACUUUGUUCCCAUAUCCCUAUGCCAACUUCCCACCCCCCCAACUCUGUGGACCGAACGCUGGCCGAUGACAGCCUAGGGGCAGCUGCAGCCGUAGCCUGAAGUAAACAGCAAAUUACGAGGGAUCAUCCCUUCCUCCCUCCUGGAUAUCUCUCUCCAUAAUCUGCACUUUGACAGUUCAAUGCAAAGAGGGAUUUGGUGACUGAAUGGCAAAAGGUUUCUGUGUUGGGAGGGCUUUGGAUUCGUGGAAAAGGGUUUAUGGGGGAGAUGUUCCUGUAAGUUCCACAAGGGAGGAGCAGUGGGGUUUGUGAUCUGCUGUCAGAGUAUCUGGGGCCAGAUUUUGUGUUGUGCCUGCUGGGAGGGAGGACUUCCGCCAUCAAUAGCUGUUAUUGUCAGCCAGUGCAUGUCUCAGUACCGCGCGUAUGUAUGAGAUUCAGUGUAUUGCCAUAAUCUUCAGCAUUCCUUGAAUGUAAAGACACUAAUGUGUACAGUUCAGUAAAUUUUUUUUUACUCAA